UAGAGACUGAAAAUUAGUAUUCUCGCUAUUUGCUGGAAAGACGCCGGAGAAAUUAAAGAAUUAAAAAGAAAAAAAAAAGAAAUGUGGACGAGAAGCGCUUAUCAAAAAUGGUCUCCCAGUUUGGCGUGGAAUUUAUAAGGACUUUGACUACUCUAGAAUUUUAGAUAGGAACCGUCGGUCAAAAUCAAAGCAGACAAAACAAAACAAAAGAGUGGUUCGCAAUUCAACCCUAGUUUCAAGUUUCAAAGAACAAACUCUAUAAAUUCCCCGCCCUUCAGUCUCAUUUCCCAGAAUCCUCCCUGAAAAAUGAAAAAUGGCGUCAACCCAGCAGCAGCCUCUUCAGCUUGAGCCAUGGAACGAGCUGAGUGGCAAAGUGGUGAUGAUCACCGGCGCCUCAUCUGGGCUGGGCAAUGACUUCUGCCUUGACUUGGCUAAAGCCGGCUGCAGAAUUAUAGCCGCCGCUCGCAGAAUCGAUCGGCUUCAAGCCCUUUGUGAUCAGAUUAACCAGAUGGGUUCUUCCUCAUCGGAUGAUUCAGCCGUUUCCGGUCAACUUAAAGCCGUCCCGAUUGAGCUUGAUCUGGGCUCUGAUGGGCCUGCCAUUGAAUCCGCUGUUAACAGAGCUUGGAAUGCAUUUGGACGCAUUGAUGCUUUGAUCAAUAACGCCGGGGUUCGAGGGCGUGUACACACUCCAUUGGAUCUGUCUCAGGAAGAAUGGGAUAGUAUCGUGAAAACUAACAUGACUGGUACAUGGUUGGUAUCAAAAUCUGUAUGCUUGCGCAUGCGUGAUGCUAAGCAAGGGGGAUGUGUGAUCUUUAUUUCCUCCAUCGCUGGACUUAAUCGUGGUCAGUUGCCUGGAGGAUUAGCAUAUGCUUCUUCAAAGGUUGCAGUUAACACUAUGACAAAGAUUAUGGCAAUGGAAUUGGGGGAAUAUAACAUUCGGGUAAACUCAAUAUCUCCUGGACUAUUCAAGUCUGAGAUAACUGAGGGCCUCAUGCAAAAGGACUGGCUCAAGAAUGUUGCUCUUAGAACUGUUCCUUUGAGAAAUUUUGGCACAGCAGAUCCAGCAUUAACCUCUAUUAUACGAUAUUUAAUUCACGACUCAUCUGAGUAUGUAUCAGGUAAUAAUUUUAUCGUGGAUGCUGGAACUACAAUACCUGGUUAUCCGAUUUUCUCUUCUCUUUAAGAUAACAAGUAAUGUAACCACAUCGCAAAAAAGAUUUCAAUCUUUCUGGCUGAGAACGGUAUUUCUACUUCACCAUAAAUACUGGAGAUUAUGCAGUAGAAUAGAAGUUAAUUAAUGCCCGGUUAUAUAUAUUCUUUGUAUAAUUAUUUUGAUUUACAUCCGCAGAGGUUCAAGUUUAGAACCCGACACGCAUGGUAACAUUUUUCUCCAUGAAUGAAAUGGAGUCUUUGCAUUUCAGCAUUGUAACUGACUCUGUAUUUUCGUUCUAGAGGAUUGUACAGCGAGACAAUAUAAACUUUGAAUUAGUGUUAGGAGACGUUUCGCUUUUGCCAAAUAUUAGUAAUUAUUUGAAUCUACAGGGUGGUGGAUGGACGCACCCUAGUACGUGUCAUGGAACAAAAUAGUUAACUAUCACUUGACGAGGUAGAGAGCCUUUCCAAUCUGGCCCUAUAUUUGAAAGAAGUCCAACAAACUAAUAAGAUCAACCCAGGCAAUCCUUUGCAAUCUUGCGCGAUUGCUUUUAUACGAGCAUAUAUUUCUUGUCGACAGCCUUCCUCAAAAUGUAUCUUUUUCUGCAACAGCUUCCGGCUCUCAUCAUUGCUGAACGGACGAAGGCUCACCAUGUUUGAUUUGCAAAGCUACAUUAUGAUGUCGACCAGUCAAGCGAAUCCUGCUUCGAUCAUCAUCAUUUGGGAAUGAAAUUCUCAAGCUAUUCCAACGCUUGAGUACCCUAAACAUCAUCCAAGAUAAUGAUGAGGUACCUUUUAUGCUUCAAGUUUUGGAAGAUCUUAACUGCCAACUUUAACAUCCAUUUCCGGAUGCUUGUUAGAGUAGUCAAUGCCAACCAAUUGCAUGUUCCUUUUUCCCGUCUUCUUUCUACCUUGAUGUGCUUAAAGUUUGCUUCUAAAAUUAAAGCACAAAGCUCCAACUUGCAUCGCUUAGUAGGUCCCCUAAUUCUCUUCAUUAAUUUUUCUUCUACAAGAAGCAAGUAUACUGCAUUUCCAGCCUGCAAAAUUACAGCUACAAUGUGGUCAUACAUCUUCUCACCUAGUUUAUUGAGCUGGCUUCCUGCAAGGAAGGACAUGGCAAACCAUUUGGUCUGCGGAUUCCACUCAGGAAAUCGGCAUUGCAUUGGUUUCAGAGCAUCCAACAAAGUCCUGAUUCUGGAACAUAAUUCAUAAUCAUGUCUUUUAAUUAAUCUUCAAAACUGGUUGCAGCCACAACCAAAUUUAAUAACAUUUGACUAAAAUCUUAGUCAGUUGCAAAUUUGAGGAACUUCAUGUAACUUCCUUUCUUUUUUCUUAUAUUGAAGGGUGACUUGUAAUUAAUAUGUAAUAUUCCCUCCGUUCUAAAAUAUAUUUAUUUCUACCAAUUUUAUCAAUAC